UAAUUCCCAAACCUUGAUCACAAUCACAGAAAGAGAGGCUUUUCAGAGAAACACAACAAUGGUGAACAACAAACCAAUUCUCCCUCUUGUCUUCUCUGCUGUAGUCUUUUUCUUAAUCAUCAAUUCUCAUGAAUGUCAAGCCGAAGAAUCCAUUACCAUCGUCAGUUCAGAACCUCAACAGUUUCCAUCAUUCCAGAUUCAAAGUGUUAAUAACCCUAAUCAAGCAAUUUCAACAACAGCAGCAGCCGCAGAUGCCAAUGCUUGUUCGUAUACUGUAGCAAUCAAAACUAGUUGUUCUUCAACAAGUUUCACUAGAGACCAGAUCAGUCUUGCCUUUGGUGAUGCUUACGGAAACCAGGUUUAUGCACCAAGACUAGAUGAUCCAUCUUCAAGAGCCUUCGAGAUAUGUUCAACUGAUACAUAUCACUUAUCUGGACCAUGUACGUAUAGAAUCUGUCACCUGUAUCUAUACAGGGUAGGAUCUGAUGGCUGGAAACCAGAGAAUGUGAAGAUCUACGCUCCUGGCUCAAGGAUUUCCACAUUUAACUUCAAUGUUUUUGUUCCUUAUGGAGUUUGGUAUGGCUUCAAUUUCUGUAAUAAUCAAAACGGUGAUGGAGUCACCGCUGCUAUGUAAUGGAAGUAGUAAAACACUAUAUUUAUUUCGGACUUAUUUGAUUACUAGUACUUUCCUCUUUGGCAGACUUGUAAAUUGGAUUCUAGAUUACUGCAAUUCGAAAAAUAUGUUCCAUAAAGUGGACAUUCCGGCCA